GUUUUAGCUCCGGUUCGUUCACAGACGCCUGAAUAAAUUUAUGCUUCAGUUUGAAGUACUGGGAAAUAAAUUGUAAUAUUAUAAAGUUAUUAGAUUUUUGUUUGUUUUUUUCUGUCAGACAAUAUGAGGUAGUAACAAUAGUCGGUAAAUGUACCAAGUUUGGUGCAGCGUGGAGCAGGUGCGUGUGACGUCAUUUUCACUCGUUUCGUGGUUAGUGUGACGAGUCGUUGAAAAAUGAAGUAAUGUGAAGAAUUCUGGUCGUGAGUGUGCCUAUGUGUGAUGUUUUAUUUAGUUCUUAUGUUUCUGAUGUUCGGUGUAAGUGGGAGGUGAAGUCUUAAAUGUUUCCGCAAUGUCGAAGAACUCCAAAAGUCAACUUAAAAUUGACAGCGGCACUGUUGAGGUGAAAAGCAAGUUUGAUGCAGAGUUCCGUCGGUUCUCUGUGUCACGACAAAAUGCUGGCAAGUAUGAAGAGUUCAGGGGGCUGGUUGAGCAAUUGCACCGUUUGGCCGAUGUGCCUUUCCUCAUCUCAUAUACAGAUCCUCGGGAUGGAGACCUCUUACCUAUCAACAAUGACGACAACCUUGGCCGUGCGUUGCUCACAGCCCGUCCACUGCUUAGGGUCAUCGUGCAGAGGAAAGGGGAAAGUCUGGAGGAGUUAAAUGGCUAUGGUACAUACAAGCCUCGCAACCUCAUAUCUUCCAUUUUGGGAACACCUGGCCGACCAAAGGCCCAUCUUUGUAUCUCAAAUCCGCAUGAUUUCAGACAAGUGUCAGCAAUAAUUGAUGUUGAUAUUGUACCUGAGACGUGUCGUCGAGUGCGAUUGUUGAAGCAUGGUUCAGAUAAACCACUGGGAUUUUACAUCCGAGAUGGUACAUCCGUUCGGGUUACACCGGCUGGUCUGGAGAAAGUGCCUGGUAUCUUCAUUUCACGUUUGGUACCAGGUGGCUUGGCAGAGAGUACAGGACUCCUUGCAGUCAAUGAUGAAGUUCUAGAGGUUAAUGGUAUUGAGGUCAAUGGCAAGACUCUUGAUCAGGUCACAGAUAUGAUGGUAGCAAACAGCUCCAAUUUGAUCAUCACAGUGAAACCUGCAAACCAGCGUACACUUGCGCCACCACGUCGAGGCUCCUUCUCCCGUACGAGCCAGUUGUCAUCGGGCUCGCAGCAGUCGACUCAUUCGGCUACUACAACUGGUUCUGAUGAUGAUCGAUAUGAUCAAGAUGAGAUUGUGGAUCUCACGGGUGGGAAUUUGGAUGACUCGGGCUCAGCGCAUCUAACCACUAGUGGUAGUGGAACAGCAGGCAAAGAUGAAGGCAUUCUUCAUCUGUGAGGGACUACUUCAGAUAUUAUAGUUAAAUGAUGAGAAACUUCCCAGUCCUGUCAUAUUUCUUUUGUAAUAUUUACACAUGAAUCCAUUUUAAACAAAGAAUUGCAGAAAGCAUGUUGCAUUACCUUCCAUUUGGUGCUCAUUUCAUUAGGUCAGUAUUUCUGUGCAUGCUGGAAAUGUUAUAUAUGUUGUAGCAUGAUAUACAUUUACAGAUACAGCAUUACACCGUAAGAAAAGAUGCGGGAAAUGUACUUUGGAAAGGGAGACUGUAAAGACAAAAUAGCUAGAAAGCAAUUUGCGGCUUUAGAAGGAACAGGUGCUCCAUUCUGAUAGUGCAAGAAUGGGAUACUCUUUUCAUGUGGAUAUUCUUAGUCAUAUCAAGACAUAGAUUUUAGUUAUACCUGUGAAACCAAAAAUACAAUAUAAGUUUUAAUGAAAAAGUCAAACCUUGGGAGUUGAUGUGUAUGCCCAGUUAUUAUGGAGAAGAGAUAGAUGAUGAAAGACAUUCCAUACUGUUGUAGGCAUUAAUGUGUUUGGCCUGUCCAUUUUGAGAUCAGGUUGAAAUUCAGUUGGUCAUUUUUGGUUGAACUCUGAACGUUGCGUAUGUAUCUCAUCCUGAACACUGGCUUAAAUUAUGGUUCAUUGGAGAACAUUAUCAGAGACCAUAUGUUUUGGAAAAAUUUAUUUAUUUUCUUAAAACCUUCUUUUAUUAAUAAUUGUUUUAUAUGGCAUGACAUUGUUUGGUUAUCUUUGAAGGUUAAACAGUAAUGCCAGAUCAAAAUCAUUAUGUAACAGAAUUGGAGUGUUGCAGAAAAGUGAUUAGUGUCUUUUUUUUAUUAAUCGGUAUUCAAAGCUGUAUGUUGUUGAGUGAUGUGUAUAAAUGCAAGUAUUCUGAAAGCAGUUAAACAGUAAUAUAUUUACUUACCAAGAAGUGGCUUUUGUCAGAUGUUUGAAUGCUCUGAAACAUUGUCGGUACUGAACAGUUUUUUUUAAUUUAUUUCAUUCGUUGAUACAGAUGCUUAAAAAAAUGUAUUUGUCCAUUUUGAAGAAAAUGCUGUCACUUCAGGUAAGUCAGUUGUUCAGAUAUGAACAUGUGCGUUACAUAUGUAAGUAUUGCUGGUAGGUUCACCAGAAAUUGCAUUUGAAAUUUGAUGGUAGCUUCUUAAUUGCAUGAAAUAAGUAUAUAAAAUGUAACUGUGGGCUGAAAUCAUUCCUAUAAGUGAAGGCAACAAUUUAGUUUCCUUUCCCAUUCAGACCUGAGAGUUACAUUAAUUUUUAUUUUGAAAUUCUAUUAUUUGUUUAAUUGUAAGGUUCUGUGUUGCCUAUUCAGCAUCGAUCCUUCAUAAUUAAUUUAUAAAAAGUGGAAAUAUUUUAUCAACAAAUAUUUCAAAGCAAUAUUGUCAGUUUUAGAAUGUCAUGGGAAGGGAGAGAAGGGGAGUUAAUCACAUGAGAAUUUAAUGUAUCGGUUUAAUACCAGAGGAGUCAACAAGAAAUUUGUAUUUGUUUUUCAGUAUUCAGAACCAAAGAGUAUUAACAAAGAACUUUCGGGCACGUUUCACUAACUGGCUACAUAAACGUCCAAUCCAGUGACAGUGUCAGUACACUCACUUUUUUCUCGCACUAUGGAAACUUGAAUUAUUUCUUAUUUCUGCAUUGAAAAUUAACAGAAGUCAGGUACUGUAGUGCUAGCAAUGUGUCUGUUGGAAACUCUUGACUCUUCUUACUUCAGUAUUAUUCAUGACAAUAUUAUGUUAUAGAAAUUAAUAUUGGGGCACCUCUCAGCUUAUUAAUCUGUGUAUAUAUGCAUCUUUUUCUUCACUUUAUGAACAGAAGUAUGUUGUUAGUGUGAUUAACAUUUAGCUCCAUGGUUACAGACCUAGGAUUUUGUAAUUUGAUUUGCUGACCAAGUGCAUCACAUCAUUAUCUAGUUACUGAGUACAGUGAAGUAAGUAUUGAAAUACCAUUAUUUUCAUUCACCAUACAUAUUAGGGUUUUGUUAUUGGAAGUAGAAUUAUGUUUUUCAGAAAAUGAUCAAACUGUAUAGAAAACAUUUUUGAAUGAUUUCAGUAUGCAAAUAUUGUUAAAAGUUAUACACCCUUCUGUCAUAAUGGAUACUAAUAUCCAACUGGAUAAAGGGCAAAUUUUCUAUUUUCUUAGUUUAAAUGUAUCAUAUUGUUUUCAUGAUUACAUUUGUUUUCAUAAUCUGCUUUUACAUACAUUAGUAUUUUUAUAAAUGUUUGCAUUAAAACAUUAGAUGAAACUGUGAAAAGAGACUAUCAGAUAAAUUUUCUGUACUGCUACUUUUCUUCUGAUAACCUUCAAAAAUGCCUAUGUAGUAUAACUGAUGGGACACCCAAGAUUGCCAAAAAACAUAGAAAUUUAUUGAAAGAGAAAGGAAGGUUUAGUACUACAGUUAAACCAUAUUUAUGGAUUUUUUGGCUGAUAUAUACAUGUGCAAGGAUGAAAUACUGUUUUUUUUUGUCAUUUUUUAAAUAUUGGCUAAUAUGUAACCAACUGACAUUUUUCUUGAACAGUGAAAGAGUUAAGAUGAACUUAACUGCAUCAUACUUUCUUUCCCAUGGCUGUAGAGUGUGCAUAAGAUGGUAAUGUGUAUUUGGCAUAUUGUUUGUGAAACUGCUCAUCAUGGACAGUGCUUUCCUUUGACAUUUACACUCCUUCUUUUCUUGUGUAUGAAAUUUUUUUUAGUUUAUUCUCUGUGAAAUACACGUAGGUAUCGGGUGGAGCAUUCGUGUUAGCCGUGUUAUCCCUGCUAACACUUUGGAGAAAAAUUAAAAAGUCUUGUCUUACUUUUAUGGUUCAGUUAACAUGAAUGCUUCAUUCCUGAUAGGUCUCAAUAUUUAUGUAUUUUGAGGAAGUCAAAAAGACAUGUUGACAUUUCAAUGGCUUAAGAUAAUCAAGACUGGAGAAUGAUGUGAAUGACUUAUGUGUUAAAUGUACAGCUGUGAUUCAACUGUGUGGUAGAGAGAUGAAAUGUUUAAUUUUAAUCUAUCUGUCAUGUUCAACGGAAAGAGAAUUAUGUAUGAGACUUGUAAGGCAGCUGCUGAAAGUAGUCUCAGAUCAGGAUGGGUAAUAUUCUAGCAUGGUAACUGCCAGUGCCUAAAAGUUAUACUUAAUCCGCCCAUAUUGAGAAGUGUUCAUUCAUAAGGGGAAGUGUCCAUCUUUGUGACUACUACUAUAAUUAAUUAUAAUAACUUGUAUUAUAAAUGUUAUAUGAAAUAUUUCCUUAGUAUUUUUAUAGAGAAAUUUAUGCUGUUUUUAAUUGUAAAUGAGACUACAGGGAAAGUAUUGUAUGUUGUUAUAAUACAUCAGCAAGCUAGAAGUAGCAUCACAGGUUUCAAGGCUUGUAAAACUUUACUGUUAUAACACAGAAAAGAAAUAAGUAGCAUUGCUGUAUGCUCAAAUCAUAUAAUUUCAUUAGUUUCUUGCCAUUAUCUGCUGAAUAUUGGGUGUGGCUCUUGAAAUAUAUGCAGUGGUCUGUAAUGGCAGAUGAUAAAACCCCUAUCCUCAGUGAAUACCCACAAAAAAAGUUUGAGUAAGGUCCGGAAUCUAAAAUAUUUUUAGUCGCCUGUAAUUACAGGCUUUGUUACCUGAAACCAAAAUACUUGUUGUAACCUCUCUUAACCAGUGUAAAUCACCAUUUUGUUGUCAUGUUAUUGCCACAGUUGGUGCAUUUUGAAUCAGGUAUACAAAAUUACAGGAUUCUGAACGUGUGAAGCUACUUUUGACUUACUCUUUAUUUUAGAACUAGGAUUACUGAGAAAGGACCUUGAAUGCUAUUAACUAGAAGUAUAAUAGUCAAAUUUACUGUAGAUAUUCAUUCCAGACAAAGAUAAUCAUGUUGCCUAUAACAUUCCAUGCAAGGAGGUGUACAUAAUAAUUUCUUUUGAGAUAGCUACCACAAUCUAGUGCUGAUUCAAUACGUUAGGAAUUGCGUGAGAGUAGUAGACAGUUUUCAAUUUUUUAAACACAUGUCUCAAAAGUUUCACAUACUGCAAAGGUUGCCAUAAAGUUGUGAUGUGAUAUCAGAAGAAUAAAAAUUUUGUGGCUAGGAUUCUGUUAAGUGCAGUGAUAAAAAUUAAGAUAUGUGACAUUUUGCCCCAAUAUGAUAAUCUGUUUUAAAAUUUAAGUGCUGCAGUUCCUUGAAGUGCCAGUUACUCUCUUUGCAGUGCUACACUAAGAAAAAGCAUGCUUCUAUUUUUGAAGGUUUGGUGGUGUCAGUCUUGUUGUGGGCUGUCUGAAAAUUGUGUAGUAAUAUUCCUCACCAUGCUGUUUCUCAAAACAUGAACUCUUAUACACUGUGAAUGAACGCAACUGAACACUGUUAUUGCCACUAGCUUGUCAGUAAUCAUUAUAUACUUCACUUGAAGUACUGUAUAUUGACAAUUCUUAUUCCUCGUCUAACCUAGCCAUUCACUGGGCCUCUUUGGUACCAGCAUGCUUAUAUAAAAUAUAACAGAAUUGGUAAGAUAAUAGUGUGAAUAAUUUUAUGUUCUCUUGUACUGUAUUUGUACUAUGUUUAGCUCACUAAUAUGUAAAUUGUGUGCAUAACUUUUGAGACAUUGUACUUGGUGUUUUUUUUCCCCACCUCCCUCCAAUAUAAGACCUGUGUUCCAUUUCUCAUUGAAGAUUACUUUAACUUAAGAAUGUCGUUAGAUGGUUAAACUUUGUCGGUCAUGUGUCGUGGCUUACUUGUGGUUGCAGAAGCAAGUACCACUACCCAUAUUUAAGGAGUUAAACUCCAGCCACCUGCCCCAAAGUAUGGGAAUUUAAAUAUACUACUCUUGUAUGAUAAAGAUUAAUGAAUUCAUGUAUUGUGUAUAUUUAAACUUCUCAUAGCACUGAGUAUGAAGAUGACUGUCUUCUGAGAUAUUAUGUCAUGUAGAAUUUUACAAGACUACUUCUACGAAACCACAUGGCAAAACAUUCCAGAAGACAGGCAUCUUCAUGUUGUCUAGAAUGCAUCAGAUGCAAAUGAGAAAAAUGAAAGUUAAACAGUUUUUUCAGCAGUAUUUCCACACUAAGAUUAUGUAUUUCUUGGUGCUGUGGGUGUUUAGAAUUUCUGCCAUUGGAACCUUACUCUGUUGAAGUCCCUGUUCAUUGUCUUCCCAUAAUUUAUUGAAAAAAUUUAAGUUGAAAUGAAAUGUGAAGUUUAUCAUAUAUCAUUAGUUUAAAUUUUAGUUUGUUUAUGGAUCAAUUUGGAAAGUGCAAUGUUUUGAAGGUGAAUGACUUGUGAUGAUACUUGAAAUUAUUUAAAUUACAAAAAUAUGAAGACACUCCAUGGGGUCUGGCAGAUUAUAGAAAAUGUACUGAUCAAAGGGUAAUUGGAAAAAUCACAGAGUUUACUGGAGCAGUUUCCAAAUUCUUCCCCAAAUUAAAUCUGUUAUAAAGUGCAGUUAAAAGAGCCAUAUAUUUGGAUUAUGAAGAUGUGUCUGGUGUAAUGUGUUCAUGGCCCUUAUGUAUUAAAUUUAUAUUAUUCUUAAUCAUAAGUCAGUUUUAUGAAAAUUUGACAUUCUAUAAAUGAAAAAUUCAUUUUAUGGUGAUGCUGUUUUAACUAGUAUGCUAUACUGACAUUGUAAUCUCUGAUUGGUUAUUUGUAUGCUUAUUCUACUGUUGAGAAACUUCCAUUGUAUUAAUUUAUAUUUGUAUGCGGAAUCAUUAUCAUACUAUAACAGAUUCAGAUGCUAAUGGGUAAGACUGUUAUGUACAUAAAAUAUUAAUGGAGCCAACUUAAGAAGUUUGUAAGCAAGCAAUCAGUAUGUCAAUAUUACUGGCGAUAUUUAAAAUAUACAUGUAUUAAUUUGUGUCACUGAGUUCAGCACACUGUUUGCUGCUAAUUAUACAGGUCAAUGAACACAUCACUAUCAGUAACAUGGAUGCCAACUUUUGCAUAUUUUCCAUAGGCAAUAUAGAUUUGUAUUCUUUAUAUGCACAAUAUUUGUGCAUUGUGCAAGCAGACUGUAAUGAUUUAAAGAGACUGUGUGUGUAGUAUGAAAAUAUUAUUUACAUAUUUUAAACUGUUUUGUCUAUUCUUUAUUUUGUUUCAUUUUAAUAAGCCUAAUCUUGUGAAAGAAACUUGAUUAAUAUUUACAGGUAGUGGUCUGGAGAGCUGGCUCCUCAACAACACUGGAAUUUAUUGUAAAGACUGUGCAAUGUUAGUGUUGUGCAGAGAAGUGACAUGUUUCUUAGGCAUCUGGCCUUGCUUCAUUGCAAGCUUACAUGAGGGUGAUAGCAAGAAGUAAUGUAGCUUCUUUCUGCUGUUAAUUUUGGUAUUAAUCCAACCUCAUGAAUUUACAGGAUGUGCAUAAUGUAAUUACUCAUAAUAGCAGGUAUGCAUAAUGCCAUUGAUUAGAAUAUUCCAUUUUUAAUGAGACAUUUGGGUCAAACAGUUUCAGUAUUGCAGUUCACAAAACUACGUAAGCUGUAGUGAAGGACUAAUGGUAGAUGUGUACUGGCAUGGUUUGAUAAUGAUAAAGAAUCAUUAGUACUUGCAGUAUGUGCCUAAGGGAUUAGACAGCUCCGUCCGGUUAGAAACUGCUGUCUGUUGUUAUGAUUGUGUUAGCAUUUAGAGUUCAUCAUCAUUCAUGUUGUAAAUAAUUUUGUAUCUUGUCUUUCCCAUUGUAAAAACUUCAUAGAUAUUACUUAAUUUUACAGAAGAUGGUUACAAAAUCUGUUCAGCAAAUGAAUAGUGUAGAGAUUUCUUUCUUCUUACAUUUGAAAAAAUUAAAUGCUGUUUGUAACUUUGGUUGCACUUUAAAGGUUUACUUUAUAGUGAAACAAGAUUGGGCCUGCUAUUGGUUCUGAUUGUGCUUUAUUUUAUAUUGUACAGUUAUUCUCUGCAGGUCUUUGUGUCUGAUCUGAGUUGGAUUAUGAAAAAUUGUUGCAAUUCUAAGACAUUAAUUUUAGAGCAAGAGAUAUUUUAAUCUUUGUAUUUUUAGAUUAAAUAAUUUUGUAUUAAUUUUUUGUGAACUUCAUGAUCAUCCAGUUUACAAUUUUUAAAAAUAUGACACUCCAUGUACUAAAACUGAAUUCAGUACUUGAUAGGCAGCUGAUAUUCUUAUGCAAGUAUUAUUACUUAUCACUGAUCGAAGAUGGUAAUAUUUACUGUACUGUUAUUUUUUAUUUACUCUACAAAGAUCAAAAUAAAAGUAUUACUGUAAGGUU